UGUUAAAAAAUAUCUGGAGUGGGUCCCACAAACUGUUAAAUAUUUGUCUUCCUUUAUGGAAAAAAAUAAAUGUAUAUGCUGAUAAGCUUUUAUUUCUUAAAAAAGUAUUUAGAUGGUAUCUGUCACCAUCAACACAUCAUCAUCAACCAUCAGAUCCACGAUGGACACGUCGUCCGGUACCGGAUAAUCGAUCGCCGUUUGUCCACUGCCGCAACAACAGUAACAAAUGAAUGAGCUCUGCCGGCGCACUCCACAAGCUCUGGCGUCAAGAAAUCAACCAUGCUUCAGAUUGCUAAGAUCCUUCUUCAGCGAUCGGAGUUCUGGGAAGUAUCAUCGCGAUUCAUACGAUUACACGAAAUUAUUGGAUCAUUGCAGAACCAUCAGAAGCGUUCAAGGAUUACAUGCCCAGAUCAUCGUUGAGGGUCAAGACCAAAAUGGAUUCUUAGCCACGAAGCUAAUCGGCAAAUACGUCGAGCAUGGUGAAUCGAAAAUGGGAAUUGCACGGAAGGUGUUUGAUAAAUUGCUUCAAAGAGAUGUGUUCGUGUGGAACGUGGUAAUACAAGGGUAUGCGAAUUUGGGUCCUUUUGUUGAAGCCCUCAACCUGUUUGAUGAAAUGCGAGUCAGUGGCGCACCCACCAAUCGCUAUACAUUUCCUUUCGUAUUGAAGGCAUGUGGCGCAAUGAAGAACAGUGACAAGGGCAAGAUUGUUCAUGGGCAUGUUUUGAAAUGUGGGUUGGACUUGGAUUUGUUUGUGAGCAAUGCUCUGAUAGCGUUUUAUGCCAAGUGCCAGGACGUUGAAACUGCUCGUAAAGUGUUCGAUGAAAUGUCUCUGAGAGACAUUGUGAGUUGGAACUCCAUGAUUGCUGGGUAUACUUUGAAUGAGAAAGUGGAGGAUGCUAUUAUGCUUUUCCAUGCCAUGCUGCAUAACCAAUCUGCUUGCUCACCUGAUAGUGCAACUCUCCUUGGAAUUCUUCCUGCUUGUGUUACAAAAUCUGCGUCCCAAGUUGGUUUCUGGGUUCAUUCCUAUGUUAUAAAGACAGGAAUGGAAGUUGGGGCUCAGCUGGGCAGUUGCCUUAUUUCAGUGUAUGCUAACUGUGGUCAUGUGAAUAUUGCAAGAGAUGUUUUCAACCGAAUCGACGACAAAAAUGUUAUCGUAUGGAGUGCAAUCAUAAGGUGUUAUGGAAUGCAUGGCUUUGCAGAUGAGGCAUUAAACAUGUUCACAAGAUUGGAAGAAGCAGGUCUUAAACCAGAUGGUGUACUCUUCCUGAAUUUGUUGUCAACAUGUAGUCAUGCGGGGUUGAUUGCAAAAGGGCACGAGAUAUACGAAAAAAUGGAGGGUUAUGGUGUGGAGAGGAAAGAAGAACAUUAUGCGUGCAUGGUGGAUCUCUUAGGGAGAGCUGGUUUCUUAGAACAAGCAGUUGAGUUCAUCGAAGGCAUGCCAGUGCAGGCAGGGAAAGAUGUGUAUGGUGCAUUGCUUGGUGCUUGUAGGAUACAUAAAAACAUAGAGCUAGCUAAAGAAAUUGGAGAGAAGUUGUUCAUCUUAGAUUCCCAAAACGCCGGUCGGUACAUGAUCUUAGCUAGUAUGUAUGAAGAUGCAGGACAGUGGGAAGAUGCUGCUAAACUAAGGAAGUUGUUGAGAGAUAGGAAUGUUAGGAAGCCAGUUGGUUGCAGUUCAAUAGAGGUAGAUAGGAUCCAUCAUGUGUUUGGGAAGGAGGAUGAAACGCAUCCCUUCACAGAACAGAUUUUUGACACAUUGGAGAAGCUAGAAAGCAUAAUGGAGGCAGAUUUUGAACCUAUUUAAUGGAGUUUUGAUUUCCCACACAUUUGAAUUAAUGCAGUUUGAGGACAAUUUAUCCUUGACUAUGCUUUUAUUUUUCUACAGAAUUCAAAACAAAACAGUGGUUCAAACAUAAUUUGAAGACAAGUAUACUUAACCAUCAUUUUGUUUACCUCAUGUUAACAAUUGUUAACAAUUUUAACUCAGACAAUAAUGAAAACAAACAGUUUAUUGAA